AGUUUUUAAAAUCGUAGCAGCAGCUGACGGAGCUGUCAAAACAGUCGACAAGAGGAGACCGUGACUGAAUCAACUUCCAGAGACUUGAAAAUCAUAAACGGACAUUUCGUACCGUCCCAGUGUCUCAACAGUCUUUUGGGCUGAAGCCAUGAGGACAAGCGAGUUUGACUCUUCAUCUGAAGAGGAGGAUGUUGGAGACGAGCAGCUGACGCCCUUCCACAUCUCCUGGUUACCUCUGUCCAUAGUUGAGUGUUCGCAGUUUCUUGGGAUAUGCGCACUUCCAGGUUGCAAAUACAAAGACAUCCGCAGGAGUCUAGAAAGAGAUGUUGAGGAGCUGCAGAACCAGGGCGUGCAGGAGGUGUUUAUUUUCUGCACCAGGGGAGAGCUUAACAAGUACCGGGUCCCCUCCCUGCUGGAGGUCUACCGCCAGCGGGGCUUCACGGUUCACCACGCGCCCUUUCCAGACGGAGACGCUCCUGAGCUGGAGCAGUGCUGCCAGAUCCUGGAGGAGCUGCAGGUCAGCCUCCAGAACAACAGGAGGACGGUGAUCCACUGCUACGGAGGCCUGGGGCGCUCUGGAUUGAUCGCCGCCUGUCUGCUGCUUCAGCUCUCGCUGACAAUGACGGCCAACAAAGCCAUCGAAAUCCUCAGGGAGCACCGAGGAGGAGGAGCGAUACAAACUGUGAAGCAAUACAACUUCCUCCAUGAGUUUCGUGAAAAGUACACAACCUUCCAAGAGAGCAUGGCGGUUUCCACAGAGCGUUCAGUGUCACGGUGACUUCUCUCCAAAUCAGUGAGCCGAGAAAAUAUUCCUUGUAAUUUGUCAGCGAUGCUGAUUGUGUGUGAUAUGUAAUUGUAUUCUCUAAUUGCACUUUAACAGAAUACUCUAAUAUAUAGCUUUUUUUCUCGUUGCAUUAAAGACAUGAGGAUAUU